AUGUUGAGGAUCUUGGAUCAGAGAAUUUUGCUAUUAGUAAUUUCAUUUUUAACAAGGCUGCAGAGUACAAAGGUACUUUCAGAAUGGAAGAAAUGUGGUGAUCAGGAAUGUGAGAGUAAGUACAACAGAGUUCAAGCCACUACAGACUACUCAGGGCCUGAUUGCCGGUAUCUUAACUUCAAAACAGGGGAAGAGAUAAUGGUAUACUCCAAACUUUCAAGGAAAAAUGAAAAUUUGUGGACAGGAAGUAAAGGAAAGGAUUUUGGAUAUUUCCCAAGAGAUGCUGUGAAGGUUGAGGAAGUUUUUAUUGCAAAAGAAGUUGAAGUGCUCACUAAGGAAACUGAUUUCCUUUGCCUUCAUGGAGAUAAGUACACUUUUGAAAACGAAGAUAGCGCAUUACAUGAUCACAACAAAGAAAGUGAAUAUUCAUCAUCUGAUGCAGAAUCAAAGUUGCAUGAAAACGAACUCUUAAAACAUGCAAGAGACUCCAUGCAAAAGGAAGAAAGAGUGGAAUCAGUUUCCGAAAAUGAUUCCAAGGAAUCUCACACUCCGGAGGAAUUUGCAAGCAAAAAGUUGGAUAGAAAAAAUGACAACAGCAAAGAUGAUACUGAAGAGCCAGAAAUGCAAAACAGUCUCCCACUAGAACCCACUCCAGUUCAGUCUAGUUGGAUUGCAGGAUGGUUCACCACAGGAAGUAAAAACGAUGAAGAGCCCUUAAAAGGCAUUACUGAAUCUUUAGAAGAAAAUACAUACCGAGGCAGAAAAAUAGCUGUAACUGCUGAAAAUGACUUAGAGGAGCCAGAUGAUAAGGUGGAACAAGAACCCCCAGCAUCUGUUUGGUUUCAAGGUGGGCUGAUGAGCUUUCUGUAUCUUGGUGAAGAGAAUGUGGAUGUUGGUUUUGCAUCAGAAAAAAAUGAUCCCCAAAUCCAUGAUGUUUCUGGUACACUUGGACAUUCCAGUAACGAACAGGAAACAGUGGCCACAGAGUUACAGACAGAAGAAGAAAAGAGUGAAAGCCAAGAAUCCACAUCAAAUUGGUUUAAUUUGGGUUUAAGUAAUGUUCUUAAUUUUGGUCAUGCUGAGAAAGAUACAAUUGCUAUGGAAGACCAGCAAAGCAGAGAAACAGAGGAUGAAGCAAAUAAGAAUGAAGAAGUGCAGACUUUAGAGCAGAAAGAAUCACACAUGGACAAAGAACCAAAGGAGACAGUUCAAGCAGUGACAGAUGAAGAAGAUGAGAAUUAUGCACAAGAAAUAAUAGAUUCAAUCAGUAACAUGAGAAAUCCUGGGGAGAUACCAGCAAGUGUGCAUACUCUUAAUGACACCAAAUGCACCUCAAAUAGCACAGAAUCAUCAUUUGAUAUACUACCAGGUGACAAAGAGAAACCAACUGAACCUUACAGUUCAGAACAAGACUCAGUAUCAGAAAGCCUGCUGCUGAAAAACACUGAAGCUAAGAAGGGAAAUCAGGAGUCAGAAAACAAACAUGGCCAGUCAGGUUGGUAUUCAAAUAUUUAUAAUAGCUUUAUUGAUUAUAAUAUGGACACAUAUGAUAAUCAACAGGGACAUGAAUUAAUUGCAUCACAUCAGAUUAUUUCUUCUCCUACCCCACCUCAGAAUUGUGACCCCUCAGACACAAAAAACAAAGAAAAGCCUGAUGUAUCUGAAGAACAGAGCCGUUUCUUCGCUUUUAGUCAUUUUGCAGACAUACUGAAGUUUUGGAGUUCAACACCCAAAGAGGACCAAGUGCAGAGUUUGCAAGAUGGUGUGGGUUUUAGUGAAGAAACCUCUCAAACUGAAAAUGAUAACGAAAUAUUACAAGGAAAUAAUAACAGAGCAAUGAAAGUACAGGCAAAUCAGAUAGUUAGUGAGAAGCUGUCUGAAAAAGAUGAGGGCGCAAUCCAUGGAAGUGAUCUGUUUUCCUCACUAGCUGUGCAAAAUAAUGAACGCAGUAAUGAAAAAGGAAAACAUUUUGUCAAAUCAGUUGGCGACAGUGAUACUUCACAAAUUUUAUCUUUCAAAACACUAGUACAACCUGAAGUAUCUCAAAGACAAUUUACCGAUAGCGAAUUACCAAGCUAUGGGGAACUACCAGGAACUGCAGAUGUUCAUCUGGGCAUCAAGAUGACCCCAUGUGAGCCAAGUCUUACUCUGGAAACAUCUGAGAAAGGCAAACCAGUCGAAUGCUGUGAUACAGAACAAAAUUCAGCAUCGAAAAGCCAGUUUGAAAUGGAUGGCGAUGUAAAAGAGAAAAUUCACAAACCAGAGAACAAAAACGGCCCACUGGGUUUUUAUGAAAACAGCAUCAAAGAUUUCAGUCAGGAUAUUUUUAAUUAUGAACAGGUUGAAUCCUCUGAAAAUAAGCAUGAUUUCCCUUCACAACCAUUUGCAGUAGGCAGUAGAAGAAAGCUAUUAGAAGAAACACCAGAGAAGGAACAUGAAAUGAAUGCAGCUGUAGAUUGUGAAUACAACAGUGACCAACAUUCUAAAGCAAUAGUGAUUCCUUCAGUAAAUUCUGAAGAAAAACUGGACAGUUCAGUAGCUGACUUUCCAUUUGAUGUCAAAAAGCCUUUCUCAGAUGCCAUCCAGAACUAUGUUCCAAGUAAUG